CGUUUUGUCACGUCGAAUACAUGCGUCGCCCAAGUGUGUCGGGUGGUCCGUUCAUAGACACGCCUCUGCUGCCGCUGGACAAACUGGCGUUGGAGCGAAGCGUGUCGUCGCCCAUGAACAAGCAGACGGCCAAGUCCCUCUUGUUCGGGGCAUCGCACAGCCCGAUGAAGGUUCCGUCAUAUUCGUCGUCAUUCACGGCGAACGACAUGUACCCGUUUGGGCGGCAGAAUCCAUUCGAGACCGAUUUUGUCGAGCAUAUGCUCGUGGCGGAGGGCGGUUUUGGCAAAGUGUUCAAGUGUCGCUCCAAGAUCGACAACCGACAGUAUGCCGUCAAAGUCGAGCAGGUGCAUUUCACCCCCAAAGCCAUCUUCAACCCCAACGAAAUCCGAGAAACCAUCCUCCGCGAGGUGCAUUUGCUCGCUGGCCUCGACCACGAACACGUGUGUCGGUACUUCAACACGUGGAUCUUCGGCAAACUCGUGUCCACCGGUCGGCCCGACUCGGCCAAAAGCAGCACCGCCAACAUGGACAACUCGGACGAUUCGUUUGGGUGGUCCGACAAACACAAACCGUUUGCUCCGAAUCAGACAAUCUUGCACGUGGAAGGAGCGCCCUCGUUCGAUUCGGUGGCAUCAGUAUCGUCGUCGAUGUGUGGCUUCUCAUUUGAUCGAACCAGUACCAACGGAGUCGACGAAGUGUUGCUGCCGCCACCGACGCCACAGAUCCCUGUUUCCCCAGUGCCCCCUGUCAAAAAAGAGUUGGCAGACCCCCCCACCAGAUUAACCUCUCCGCGCUCCAACCUGUCGCUUCAAAUGGACGUGUACAUCCAAAUGGCACUGUACCAUGGCAAUUCACUGCAGCAUUGGCUCGUAGAGCGGCAGUCCAUCGACGUGAACGCCAACUUGACCAUCUUUCAGCAAAUCGUGUCUGGCCUCAAGUAUAUUCACGGUCAGGGCCUUAUCCAUCGAGACAUCAAGCCUGCCAACAUCUUUCUGACGCUGGACGCAUGUGUCAAGAUCGGCGACUUUGGCUUAGCCACCGACAGCCGCCUCCUCGAGUCGUCCUUGGCAGGCGUGGGCACCCCAUUGUACAGCAGUCCAGAGCAAACCCGGGGCGAUGUAUGCAGCACCAAGUCGGACGUGUUCAGUCUCGGCCUCGUGUUGUGCGAGUUGUUCUGCAACUUUUCCACGCAAAUGGAGAAACACGUGACUCUGAUGGAGGUCCGCUCACCCCACGGCGUUGUUCCAUCCUGCGUGCCUCCAGAAAUUGCUGCCGUGGUCAAGCAACUGGUGCACCCGGACCCAUCGAAACGCCCCACGUGCGAAGCCAUCGAACUCAUGGACGAAGUGAUGCCGUUUCUACUGCAUUCCAUGCCCACUUCGACCACAGACAAGACAUCGCAUCGGUAUAGCCGACGACGCUUUUCCAUGGACGAGCCAGACUCGGGGGUGCCUGUGAUUCCCUUGUUUGCUCCACCGAGGAGCUUGCCACACCCUCUGCAUUCGUUGCUGGAUGAACUCGAGAAACUCAUCGGGCAGCAAGAAGCAGCGCUUCGGCAAGUCGGACACACAGCAGCAGCAGCCACCUCUUGGGUUGUAGAAGCCUUGGCACUGUCAGAUCGGAAGCGGCAAGUGCUUGCGGCAGUGCGCCACGAAGUUCGAGGACAACCGUCAAGUGAUUACCACGAAUACGAGUACCACACGUAGAUAUGUUAAGAGGACAUUACGUGCUUGC